AUGGGUAGAACGGGUUUGCGGGGGCGCGGGGUGUUGGGUCGUUGGGGUCCGAAUCACGCCGCAGACCCGAUUGUCUCCAUGUUUCGACAGGGCCGUCUGCAUUUCAUCGGCAUCGAACGGCACGACACACACGAGUGGGCGCUGCCGGGCGGCAUGGUCGACCCGGAUGAGCUCAUUUCGGGCACGUUGAAGAGGUGAGAAUUCACUGAAGAGGCACUGGAAGGUGUUGAGAGUAAGGCACUGGAGGGUCUGUGGCCGAAAGGGGUCGAGUUGUACCGGGGUUAUGUGGAUGACCCGCGUAAUACGGAUAAUGCAUGGAUGGAGACGGUGGUGGUGAAUUUUCAUGACGCGGACAAAAUUUUGGAAAAUGUCAAUUUUAAG